UUUUUCUAUCUCUAGUCUUUUUUGUCUCCAAAUAAUUGAGUGGCCAUGGCUUUAAUCUCUUCAAUUCUACAACAUGCCAAGUCUCAUUCUUCAUCUAAAAUAUCUACUUAUAUUCAAAGAAGAUUAUUUUCUAAUGAUGUUAGAAAAGAAAAUAUUGUAAUUGUUGGGGCAGGAAUUGCUGGCCUUGCUUCUGCUCUUUCACUUCAAAGGUUUGGUAUUAGAAGUUUGGUGCUUGAACAAGCUGAAUCAUUGAGAACUGAAGGAAGUUCAAUAACACUUUCUAAAAAUGGAUGGAAGGCACUUGAUGCUAUUGGAGUUGGUGAUGAACUUAGGAGUCAAUUUCUUGAUCUUCAAGGGGUAGUAAUAAAAUCAGAUGAUGGUAAGGAGUUAAACUCAUUUGGGUUCAAAGAUGAGGACAAAAGCCAAGAAGUAAGGGUGGUUGAGAGAAGAGUCUUACUUGAAACACUAGCAAGUAAACUACCACCAAAUGCUAUAUCUUUUUCCUCAAAGUUGUCAAACAUUGAGACAAGUGAAAAUGGUACUAAUACCUUAUUGCAACUUCAAGAUGGUACUCGUUUAUCCGCUGAGGUGGUGAUUGCUUGUGAUGGUGUAUGGUCACCAACGGCUAAAUGGAUGGGAUUUCGACAGCCUAAGUAUGCAGGGCAUAUCGCCUUUCGAGGCCUAGGAUACUUCCCUGAAGGACAGCCAUAUGAACCAAAAGUUAACUACACAUAUGGAAGAGGAUUACGCACUGCAUUUGUUCCUGCUUCUAAAACCAAGGUCUACUGGUUUGUCUUGUGCAACAGCUCAUCUCCAGGUCCAAGGAUCACAGAUCCUUCAAUAUUGAGACAACAAGCUAAAGAGCUCGUUAGAGAUUGGCCAGUCGCGGACAUGUUAAACCUGAUUAAUCUUACACCAGACGAUACAUUAACAAGAAAUCCCCUUUAUGACCGAUGGCUUUGGCCAGUAAUAAGUCCUCCGCCUUUUAGUGGAAGGACAGUGCUUGCUGGAGAUGCAUGGCAUCCAAUGACACCCAACAUGGGUCAGGGUGCUUGCUGCGCGUUGGAGGAUUCAAUAGUUUUGACAGAAAAGCUAGCAGAAGCAAUGAAGUCCAAGCAUAUUUCUGUGGAGGAUGCAUUCAAAGCAUAUGGAAGUGAAAGAUGGAAACGUGUGUUUCCAUUAACAGUAAUGGCAAAUCGCAUUGGAGCACUGCUGCAGUCUGAGAAUACACUGAUAUGUUCUGUUAGAAAUAAUCUCCUUGUGCCUAAGCUGAAGCCCAGAGCAUUGACGAAACAUACCAAUUAUGAAUUUGAGCAAGCUAAAAGAGACGGACAUUAGUUUUUGAGGGACGAAAACUUAGCAAUGGCAAUAAACAGAAUGUAUGUUUUCUUUUCAGGAAACGAAAACAACUAUAGACAGAAUGUAUUUCAAAGUAGAGAUGUACUGUUUUGUGAUUCAACGAAUUUACUAAUAGAAGUGUUUAUGCUUCUGUA